AUGCUGGCGCUAUCCAUUUUCAAGUUCGCGGGUAUAGGGAAAAGGGUGGAAGGAAGGGUUUGCUUGUCCAGAGAAGCUAGAAAUGGGCUAGAGUAUUUGAAUCGUAGAAGGCUUCAGCAAAUGAAAUCAGAAAGCAUCACAGAAACUGUAAAUUUUCCCAAUAUGAUGAGUAGAAGCGGAGGAGAUGCUUUAAGGACUUCAGCAUCAUAUGGUGUUAGGGUAAAUGAUAAUGCGGAAUCAUUCUCUCGGUCCACUGGUGCUUCAAGCGGGAAGGAUGUGUUUUCAAAGCGAAAGGUGGAUAAGUUUGAUACAAGUGAUUUAGAAUGGACUGAGAAAAUUCCUGAAUGCCCUGUCUAUUGUCCUACAAAGGAGGAGUUUGAGGAUCCUUUGGUGUAUUUGCAGAAAAUAGCUCCAGAAGCUUCAAGAUAUGGUAUAUGCAAGAUUAUUUCCCCUGUGAGUGCAUCUGUUCCUGCUGGGAUUGUAUUAAUGAGAGAGAAAGCAGGAUUCAAGUUUACAACUAGAGUACAACCUCUUCGUCUAGCUGAGUGGGAUACUGACGAUCAAGUCACAUUUUUUAUGAGUGGAAGAAAUUAUACGUUUCGUGAUUUCGAGAAAAUGGCGAACAAGGUGUUUUCCCGUAGAUAUUGUAGUGCCAGUUGUCUUCCUGCCACGUACUUGGAAAAAGAAUUUUGGCAUGAAAUUGCUUGUGGAAAGACAGAAACAGUUGAAUAUGCAUGCGAUGUCGAUGGUAGUGCCUUUUCAUCAUCUUCCAGUGACCCGCUUGGGAAUAGCAAGUGGAAUUUGAAGAAUCUUUCCCGCCUGCCAAAGUCCAUUUUGCGCCUUUUGGGAACAGCUAUUCCGGGGGUAACCGAUCCCAUGCUUUACAUUGGAAUGCUAUUUAGUGUGUUUGCUUGGCAUGUAGAAGAUCAUUAUUUGUAUAGCAUUAACUACCAUCAUUGUGGAGCAUCAAAAACUUGGUAUGGAAUUCCUGGUCGUGCUGCUUUAAAAUUUGAGAAAGUGGUCAGAGAACAUGUGUAUAGCCAUGAUAUUCUAUCAACUGAUGGGGAGGAUGCAGCUUUUGAUGUACUUAUGGGGAAAACAACUCUGUUUCCUCCUAAUAUAUUGUUAGAACAUGAUGUCCCAGUCUACAAGGCUGUGCAAAAGCCCGGGGAGUUUAUAAUCACUUUCCCUAGAGCUUAUCAUGCGGGAUUCAGUCAUGGUUUCAACUGUGGUGAGGCUGUGAACUUUGCAAUUGGUGAUUGGUUUCCUCUAGGGGCUGUAGCUAGUCGGCGCUAUGCAUUUCUCAACAGGGUUCCUCUACUUCCUCAUGAAGAACUUUUGUGCAAAGAAGCAAUGCUUCUUUAUACAAGUCUGGAACUUGAAGAUUCAGAUUAUGCCUCUGCAGACUUGGUUUCCCAUAAUCGGAUUAAAGUUUCUUUUGUGAAGCUGAUGCGAUUCCACCAUCGUGCUCGCUGGUCUAUAAUGAAAUCAAGGGCAUGCACUGGCCUUUUGCCAAAUGCCAACGGGACCAUCUUAUGUGCCAUAUGUAAAAGGGAUUGCUAUGUGGCAUUUCUUAACUGCAGCUGUGACUUGCAUCCCGUGUGCCUUCGACAUGAUUUUGGUUCACUUGACUUCUCAUGUGGGAGAAAUUACAAACUGUUUUUGAGGGAGGAUAUUUCCAAUAUGGAAGCUGCAGCCAAGAAGUUUGAGAAGGAAGAUGGAAUAUUAGAGGAGAUUAGACGCCAAGGAAACAUUGGUGAUGAUUUGUAUUCUUAUCCGUUAUCCAUUAAGUUUCAUAGUGUUCCCAAGGAUGGGUACACUCCAUAUUGUGAUAUAAGCUUUGAUUUUAACUCUGAGACUCCUGCAAUAACUUGGGAAGGUUUGAAAGAGUUUAGCCAAUCCACAAACAAAAAUGGCAGUGGAAAAUUUAGACCCGAAUACUCAGAAGCUUCCAUUUCUUGUGCUGCAUCUACUCUGUGUUCUUUUGGAGAGCCAGCUGAAAGCUUUUCUGCAUUUGACAACGGAAAGGUGCAGGCUGAUUCUAAUGCAGGGAAACAUGAUUCUAAAAGGUUAUUUGAGGAAGGAUUGAACAGCAAGCAUGAGUACUCUGUAUCCUCUCUAUCGCAUGAUGAAUCCCUGAGAAACCAGCAAAGUAAUUUUCGUGGGUUAGAGGUUAAACCCAUUGUUGAUGAACAAAGUGACGAUUCUGAUUCAGAGAUUUUUAGGGUUAAGCGCCGGUCUUCUCAGAAAGUGGAAAAAAGAGUUGUGAAUGAUGCUUCGUCUUCAAAGAAUUCCGAACACCAGGGGCUUAAAAGACUGAAGAAGCUCCAACCUGAAGGAAGAUAUGGGCAAACAAUGUCAUCAGAGUACUGCAGAACCGACGAAUCAAAUCGCAGUUCUACUUCAGGUUCAAAUUAUAAAGAAGCACCAGAGAGUGCUUCAAAGGACAGGUUUGCCAGGGGAAGUACGAUUCCAAUCUCGAUUAAGUUCAAGAAGUUGACCAAUGAUGAGGCGGUAAGUAGACAGCAAGAUCAACACAGAUUGGACCGGUUCCAGCAUGAAGUGGGAAAGACUAUGAGGGAACCACCCCCUAUAGAGAUUGGGCCAAAGCGUCUUAAAGUCAGAGGCCCAUCAUUUCUAGGUUCAGAGAGCAGAUUGAUUCUGGGAGCAGCGGCAAAGAUUAACCAACUCUAG